GUGGUUGUUGCAACUGGUCCGGUUAAACAUGAAGAUUUUGUUGAGCAAGUUAAGAAGAAGUUCACGGAGUUGUCAACAAACCCUACUACCGCUUCUCAGCUCAUUGCUAAAAAACCUGCUGCGUUUACAGGCUCUGAAGUCAGAAUGAUUGAUGAUGACAUUCCGCUUGCACAAUUUGUUGUUGCAUUUGAAGGAGCAGCUUGGACAGAUCCAGACUCUAUUGCUCUGAUGGUUAUCCAAUCGUUAUUGGGAUCAUGGAACAAGAGUGCAGGUGGUGGAAAGCACAUGGGUUCCAAGCUUGUACAGAGGAUUAGCAUCAAUGAAAUCGCAGAAAGCGUGAUGGCUUUCAAUACAAACUAUAGAGACACCGGUCUCUUUGGUGUACUUGCUGUUGCCAAGCCUGAUUGCUUGGAUGAUCUAGCGUAUUCAAUCAUGUAUGAAAUUAGUUCAUUAUGCUAUCGAGUAACAGACGAAGAUGUGACCCGUGCUCGUAACCAGUUGAAAUCUUUACUGUUGCUACACAUGGAUGGAACCAGUCAAGUGGCUGAAGAUAUAGGUCGCCAGCUUCUUACAUAUGGAAGAAGGAUCCCGUUUGCCGAACUGUUUGCAAGGAUUGACGCGGUAGAUGCCAGCACUGUUAAGCGCGUUGCAAACCGAUUUAUAUUUGACCGAGAUGUCGCCAUUUCGGCAGUGGGCCCCAUCCAAAACUUGCCCGACUACAACUGGUUCAGGCGCAGAACGUACAUGCUCCGUUACUAGGCUGCGGCCCCUCAGCCUCCACAAUAUAAGGGGAGUAAGUUCUUCACAGAAAUAAUAAAAACACGCCAUUUUUGUUUUGUUUUUUUUUGUUGAAUUUUGGGUGCUAUCAAGAGAUAAUAAUAAGACUGCAAAUUGAUGAAAUGUUGCAUCCUCUGUCCCUUUUCACAUUCCUUUUGUUCUCUGCAUUGGCACUUCUGCGCUCUCUUCCAUUGUAACACUUUUGGAUUUUUGUUAGCCUUUGAUCCAAAUAACUUAACUGACUGCUACCCUACCCAUUGAGCUCAAAUAUUCAUUGUUUACAAAAAUAAAAAACUGCCCAUUAC